GAUGACGCGCGCGGCCGGGGCCGCCUUGGCGCGGACACAGCGCGCCAGUGAGCGCCGCGUGCUCUCGUAGAGCGUGCCCUCGUAGAACGAGCGAACAACGCGCGGGUGUUGAACGCGAGUGAAGUGCCCCUGUGGAUUACCUUCUGCUGCUGUGCCUGUGUGUGCGAGUGUGUGUGUCAUGUGCUUGUGAAGUGAUGGAGUCUUUCGAGCGGAUGGUGGUGGACCAUCGCGGCGGAUCGACGCCCUCCGGGUCGCGCGGCCCGCCGGACCUGGAUCUACUGCUGCGCUACGCGGACGCCUUGGCCAAGCUGGGCCGAGUGCGGGAGUCCCUGCACGCCUUCGACCGCGCCGCGCGCCUGGCCGCGCCACAGCAUCCCCACGGCCAGCACGGCCAGCACGGCCAUGGCCAGAACGGCGUCGCCGUCGAGCGCCUGCGUCCCCUCGCCAGCGCCCUGCUGGACCAGGUCGGCGGCGUGGCGGCCGGCGGGGGCGGAGCCCACGACGCCAGGCCGAGGGAGUUGACCAGCCUGACGUGCCCGGCCUGCGACUGCGUGCUGCAGUGUCCAGUGACCCUGCCGUGCGGACACACCAGCUGCAGGCGAUGCCUGUCCGGCCGCGAUGCCAGGCUCACCUGCCCCAAGUGCCCCUACAGGACGGCGGCGGGCGCGCAGGUGGUGACCAACGUGCUGGUGCAGCGGCUGGUGGAGCGCUGGUGGGGCCAGGAGCUGCGGGCGGCCCUGCUGCGCGACCAAGGCAACGCCCUCUUCCACGACCGCCAGGUGCAGGACGCCCUGCGCAAGUACGACGAGGCCGUGCUGCUCGCGCCCGCCUCGCCCCUGCUGCGGUCCAACCGCUCCCACGCGCUGUACUGCACGGGCCGCCACCAGCAGGCGCUCCAGGACGCCGACGAGGCCGUGAGGCUGCGCCCCGCCUGGGGGAAGGGCCACUACCGACGGGGCGCUGCGCUGGCGGCGCUGGGCCGCUACGAGGAGGCCCUGAGCGCGUUCUGUGCGUGCGCCGCGCUGGACUGGCGCGCGCCGCCGCCCUGCUCCUCCGACUGCGAAGACAACUCUUCGGACGACGACUGCUCCGCGGCCAAGGCCACCGUCAGGGGCGGCGCCAGGAGGCCGUCCAGGGGCGGCGACAGGGGGGCUAGCGGCAUGAGCCACGCCGCGCACCACGGCCUGCUCCUCCAGGACCUGGCGGGCCUGCCCGCGGACGACGACCCGUACCUGGACUCCGUGCUGGACCGCGUGUUCCAGGACGUGGAGAAGCUCAAAAGACUGGACGGCCGCGACCCGCCGGGCGACGUGCUGACGGUGGACCCGCGGCUCGUGGACCACUCCGAGCUGGACUGCGUGCUGUGCUGCCGCACGCUGUGGAAGCCCGUCACCACGCCCUGCGGCCACACCUACUGCUGCAUGUGCCUGGACCGGUGCCUGGACUACAGCUACUCGUGCCCGCUGUGCAUGACCUCGCUGUCUGAGUACGUGGCGGCCAGCCCCCGCAGCGUCACGGAGUGGGUGGAGGCGGCACUGCGGCAGGCGGCGCCCCGCGAGCUGGCUCUGCGCCAGGUCACGCACGCCCAGGAGCUGUCGGAGCAGGGCCUGCCCGUGUUCGUGUGCACCACGGCCUUCCCCGGCGUGCCCUGCCCGCUGUACGUGUACGAGCCGCGCUACCGCCUCAUGGUGCGCCGCGUCGUCGAGUCGGGCACCAGGACCUUCGGCAUGGCGGCCUGCGUCUACCGCAGCGGCGGCCCCGACAGGUACGCGGAGUUCGGCACGCUGCUGGAGGUGUGCGACCUGGUGCGCAUGUGCGACGGCUCGUCCAUCCUGAGCACGCAGGGCUCACGCCGCUUUCGGGUGCUGCAGCGCGGCGAGCGCGACGGCUACGACGUGGCCAACGUGCAGCUUCUGCACGACGAGCCCACGGCCCCCGAGAGGCUGCCCGGCGUCCGCCAGCUCCACGCGCUGGUCCGCGCCAAGAGCGAGCUCUGGCUGUCGUCCAUGGGCAAGGAGGUGCGCGCCGAGAUCGAGCGCUCCUUCGGGGUGAUGCCGUCGGUGGAGGACCGCUGGGAGAACAGCAGCGACGGCCCCGCCUGGACGUGGUACCUCCUGGCUGUGCUGCCGCUCGGCCCCCAGCUGCAGGUGGGCAUCUUGAGCACGACCAGCGUGGAGAAGCGGCUGCGGGCCAUCGACAAGACCCUGGACCAUCUUGCCCAACGGCUGCGGACUCCGCGGCACUCUCACCCCCACCCCAACCCCCAUCCUCACCCUCACCCUCACCCCAACCCCCACCCCCAUCCCCAUCAGCAUCCGGAGCCUCAGGCGCCGCCCCAGCUGGACGCUUGGUCGUCUUGACACCGCCUCGGCUUCGGCGUCGUCUUGCCCCCCAGGACUGCCAGGACAGUGCGCCUGCACGGCCUGCACGGCCUGCACGGAUGGGUGGAGACAGAGUCACCGCGCCGUACUGCGUGCUGACUGGCUAGCCGCGGGCCUUCCCUGGCCUUCCCCAGCCCCAACCUUCCCCGUCCUUCCGCGUCCUUCCCCGUCCUUCCCCGUCCAGCCUGCACGUCCAAACGUCGGCAUGGGGGUUAGUGGAGAAUACCAAAGUUACUUUAGUUGGACGAUGGUGGGCAGUUGCAAGCCACACCUCAGUUCUUGCUUGGGCCAGAAGGAAGGAUGGGAUGGUGGAGGUGUCAGUUCCACGCAUCCUCUGCGUAUGGGUUUCUAAACUUGUGUGAUACUUAAUGUAUUGAAUGAAAGCAAAGAACUGUCAAGUCCUGUUUUUAAACAUGGGAUCAUGUCAACAUUGUUUUGACAAUGAAGUAGUAUGUAAUAGUCACUCCGUACAGUUAAAAAAAUUUUCAAGUUACUGAAAAUUUUGAUAUAUUGGGGUUUGAUUGCCCACUUUAAGGCAUUUUAAUUGGUGCUUUAACUGAAUGGUUUGUUUGAUGUGUGGCAAAUUUAACUAGCACAAAAUAAGAGAAACGGUGUUCUUAUCUUAACAGAAAGAUGAAGGCUGUGGAAAUAUUGUUAAACUACAUGGGAAUAUAUACCAAACAGUCAAAGUUUUGAGUGCAAACACUCUCCUCUAUUGAGGAAACUUGACUAGGAUAGACCAGUGUAUAAAGUUAAGAAAUGUGGAAGGUGAAUGGUGAGCUUGUAAGUUUUUCUUUGUGCUGUGAAAGAGAAAGUAUAAAUGUUAUGAUGAGGCUUCAUGAGGGGCUGUGAAAACAUAACACGAAGCAAUUCAAUUCCAAUCCUAUUGUAGGCAUUGUAAAGACUGUUCCUUUUUUAGCGAUUUUUUUCCGGUCCUGAACCACUUUUGAAGCAAGCUUAGUUGGGUGUUGUCUUUCUGUUUAUGCCAAUCAUUAUUGAUGGGUGUGUUUUCACAGCAAUAAAAAUUGUAAAUCUAAUUUAAAGAUUUCCACUUUUGUAGAUUAUAUCAGAAAAAUUAGAUAGUAAUCUUACAGGUUUCUGACAUUUAGUCAAAUGUGUAGGAUGAUUGUUUGAUGUUUUCUGAUAGAGUUUGCUCAAGUGUCAGUGAUUCUUUGAAGAUAACUGCUCAUGUUUAAUUAGAUAUCAGUUUCCUCAUCCCCAUCAUAAACGUAACUGAGUCUGUGAUGUGUUGUUGAUGUGCUCCAUGUGUGUGGGAGGAGCCGAAGCUCACCCUUGUUUUGUGUAGACAGCAUCCUGUUUUUUCUUCUUUUUUUUUCAUUUUUGGAAUGAAAUUCCAAAAAUAUUAUUUAUUGAUUCCUUUAUUGGCUUAUUCAACAUUAAGGUGAAGUUUAUGUGUAGAUUUGUGAUGUCUGUUUUUUUUUAAUCCUUUAGUUUUUGUGUUGAAUUUCUCAAUGUAAGCGAGAAACUAUUUUAUAUUAUUACAAAACCCUAUUGUGGCAAGCUAAGUUAAAUAUUGUUUGUCUCUCAGAUGGUAUGCAAUAGACUUUAGAACACUUUACCUCAUCUGUUUUAUUUUUGUGGUACUUUUAAGAAAUGAUAUGUAACACAUAAUUGUGUAUAAGACUUUUAGGAAAUUUAUGAAAGUUUGUGAUUACAAACACAAAGAAAUGAAAGUUAAAGCAUUAUUUCUAGUCAUGUAGUUUUCAGAUGCAAUAACAAGUUUCUAAUUCUAUGGAGAGAGCUUUCUGUAAUACUAGUAUUUAAACAAUAAAAUCUUUCUUGCGUUGGGAUUCAGAUUGGAACAGGAGAAAAAUUUGCCCUGUCAUGAAAAGCUAGGGUCUAGUUGUAUAUUGUAAAAGUAUAGGCUAAGCCUUGCAAAUUCAGUACCUAUUUUGUAUUUUUGUCUUGAUAAAUCAGGGUUACUUCCCUCUGAGACUCACUUUAUUGUUCUAAUUAAUCGCUAUAGGAAUGAAAAAAAUGAAAAACUUUCAGAACAUAUGUGAUGAACAGAGCAAACUAUAAGUCAGUAUUUAAUUAUGCCAGCUUCGGUAUGUGUGAAUAAGCAAGAUUAUAGUGUACCGAAUGCAUCAAUAAAAUUUAUCUACUUGCCAUGCAAA